CUAUACAUGCAUGUUACAAUUCAUAAAAUUCAUAACUAAACUUUUUAUGUUAUAUAUGCAUGAAGACUAUGAGAUUGUGCCUUUACAAACUCUUAUCGAUUACAAAAACGAUAUUGAGGUAAGUGCUUUUGAAGAUAUUAAUAGUUUUUAACAAGAAAACUAUUAGUUUGAUGUCUUUAAUUAAGGUUCAAUUUAUGAAAAUGCUUGCGAGUUUAAAGAGAAAGUAUGAGAACAAUCUUGUGAAAGCCAAGAAUGGUGAUGAACAUAUCAGACUUCAUGAUCUCAGGGCUUUUCAAUUGUCUAAGUUUGUUUGGGGAGAUAUUGAAGAAUCACCUGUGAAAUCGAAGAAAGUUAUGUCUAUGAACCUUGAGCUUGGUAAAAACAAAGAUACUUUUCCCAAUUCUUCUCUUGUUAGAUCACUAGAGCGUUUUGGUGUUGAUGAACUUACUCCUCAACAAGGAUUGAGUAGCCUUGACUUAGAGGAUAAGAAGAUAUUCGAGGAGCAGUUGGAAAGCUUUGCAGGUUAUAGAAUUCGAGUUCUAUUCGCGAAAAAGUGGUUUUCUUCAUGA